AUGGCACAGCAUCAGGACGCCAUGGAUUGGGCAGAUGCAGCGAACUGCGAGACCUUCGGGGAGGAGGCGGGCUGGGACGUGGCGGACAUGCUCUCGGCUCCGACAUCAAUCUGCCGCCCCGGCCUGGGGGAACUUUUGGUUGGCACAUGUGGAUUCAUGGGAACUGCAGCACCCAAGUAUGCCGACCGUCUUGGCGCAGUGGAGCUAAACGCGACUUUCCAUGAUCGUGGCAGCACGACCUACGACAGCCAGGCGACGAAGUACUCGCAGCUCGGCCUGAAGAUCGUGGUGAAAGUCUCCGGCUAUGCCACGCACGAUGUGGGUCUACGGGAUCCAGCAACCUGGUGGCCGUGGCUUCGCCUGAAGUAUGCGCCUUUCGUGAAUGCUGGGGUUCUGGUGGGUCUGCUCUGGCAGCUUCCGGCCACCUUCACCUGCACAGAGGAGACUUGCGAGCGAUUGGAAGCCCUAGGGUCGCUUCUGCGAUCAGAGAGCCAGACAGGCUCCUGGCUGCAGCUUCGUCACGCCUUCGAGUUCCGAGAUUCCUCGUGGUUUGAAAGCCAUCGUGCCGGGGAGCUCAUGCGCCGGCACCGGUUCACCCUGGUGUGCUCCCAUAUCGCGAACGACACGGGAUGGGCUGGAGAUCUGGUUUCCGGUUGGCAUGGCUUCCCCACUGAGGCAGACGUCGAAAGUACAGACUUUAUCUACAUACGUUGCUUUGGCACCAGCGGGCGCAGCGUCGGGGCAUACGGCUCGGACGAGUUGCAGCGGAUAGCUUCCAUGGCCAGCACGGCCAGAUCAGCCAUCAUAAUGUUCGGCCAAGGGGAUGCCCCCAAGCAAGCGCUAGAGAACGCGUGGCAGAUGAAGGAGCUGCUGCAAGGAGAUGCUGUGAGCUCCAAUCCGGUCCUCCCGGCCGCGCAUGCGAUUUCCGGCGAGCUGGUCUCAGGUGUCGUGCUCCGUGUUCAACAUGGCCGGGAUCGACGAGUGUUUGUGGACGUUGGUGGUCGGCUUGGCUUCCUGGGCUCCAGGCAUACGCGUCGCAGAGGCUUGGAUCUGCGGAAAGGGGCCGUGCUGAAGAACUUGCGGGUUGAAUGCGAAGAGCGUGGUCAGCUAGUUCUGAGCGUGCAGAGUGUAGCCGAGGACCCACCAGAGGAAUCCUGA